GCAGGCUUUCUUCUGGCUGAGCGCGGCUACGACCUAUGGGCAAUGAACACUAGAGAAAUUGCGUUCCGCUCUCGCCACAAGACUCUGAGCCAAAACGAUGACCGAUACUGGCAGUGGAGCUUCGACGAAAUCGGCCGCUACGAUGUUGCCGCCGUCAUUGACCUUGUACUGAACGUCACUGGUGCCAGCCAAGUGACCCUCUUGGCAUUCUCCCAAGGUGUAGCUGCGAGCCUGGUUCUCCUUUCUACGAAGCCGGAGUACAACGAGAAGGUCGAACUUUUCGUAGCCUACGCUCCAGUGGCGAAUAUCACUCACACAGGGUUUCCGAUUCGUGAGCUGAUAGCGAUCUCGGGGCCCCUAUUCCUUCUUCUAGAUCCUUUCGGUGACAGCGGUUAUUUGUACCUCCCCAAAGUUCCGAGAGAGCUCAUGCAGCUCGUGUGUAACAUCUUCCAAGGGCAGCCGUGCAGCCUAUUCCUAUCAAUUACGCUAUUCACCAGUCCCGAGGAGCUGAACAAGACAAGAAUGCCUGUCACGCUGUCACAUUAUGCUAUAGGGACUUCGUAUCAAAAUCUACGACACUACGUAAAGAACUACAGACAAAAGAACUUUCUCAUGUAUGAUUAUGGCAAAUUGAAGAACAAAGAGCGCUAUGGACAGAAUUGGCUCACAUGA